GGAAGUCCGCCUUGCGUUCGCAGCUACCUGGAGCGCUUCCUCCACCUUGACGCUCAGGUACGCGGAUUUGCUCGAAAACUUAACCGAAAGUGUUAUUUUAGAGCGGAUUUUGAGUCAGACGCGUUGAAAGAUGGACUGAAGGAGGGUGGGAGUCUGUCUCAAAGUGGCGGAGCCGGAGGAAACGUGAGGACUCAGGCGGAGGUUCCACCGUGUUUUACUGAAGGCAUGUCUGCAGGCAGCACGGGCAGCCUGAGGCCGGGCUCUCGGCCCGGCAGCCACAGGGCGGUGCGCAGCAGGAGCAGCAGCGAGGAGUCGUCUUACGAGGAGCGCUGCGUGGAUCCGGUGGACGAGAGGCUGCCCGAGCCGAAGCCCUUCCACAAAGCCGACGUCAGAGCCGCCAACGGGACGGAGCUGGAGACCAUCGGCUUCAUCCCGGGCCGCGCCGAGACGUCUGCUGCCACGCAGAGCUGUAACCCCUGUGCCUCUCCCCGGAACUGCCGGACGUUCGUGUGCAGCGUGCUGACCUGCGGCCUGUACCGGGUCUGCCAGCGCUCCGUCCUCGCCCCGUGCCUGGCGCCGAAGGAGAGCUCCCCGGAUGAACCCGAGACGGUGAGCCUCCGAGCCACGAAGACAGAAGACGAUGCCACAGACUGGGGGGACGUCCACUUUGCCGGCAGGAAAAUAGAAAAUCCGGGAAAGUAUCUGGACGUUGACGGCGAGUCUCCGUCCAUUGUGCGGCCGCCCACCCGUCUGACGCUGCCCAGCCCGACGUCCCUGCAGGACUCCGUCCUCUCCAACGACUGGCAGGACGGCGAGGAGGACGUUGACCUCCUCAUCACCAAGAAGCUGCUGGAGCUCUACUCGGAGUAUCAGAUCGAGGAGCUGGCCAGGUGCACCACGGACUCCGUGUUCCUGAGGAAGAGCAAGGACAUCGACCACCUCAUCAACUCGGUGGCGGUGGAGCACAAGAUGGACGAGCAGGAGGCCGAGUGCCGGCUGGUGCGCGGCAUCAUCCGCAUCAGCACCCGCAAGAGCUCCAAGAGGCCGGCCAUCUCCCGGAGGGAGAAGACGCUGUCGGACAGCGGCAACGAGACCAUGAGCAAGAGCGAUUCCUUCUCCAUCAGCAACAACAACGACUACAAAUCGAAUCCCAACAUCCAGAUAUCAGAGCUGACCUCCUCUGAUAGAUAUGCCCGGGAUAUGUGGAGGAACAAUGGAGGUUACCCGUCCGGCUCUGCCACAGCGUCCUCUCACUCCUCGGGUGUGCACACCGCUCGCUCCUCGGUGAGAACAUGAUUCCUGCAGAGCCGUUUGAAGGUCACGUCGGGGACGCUGGAAGGACACUCUGCUCGCAGAGAAAAAGGACUUUAGACAACUCAGGGCUCUGUGUGUAGAUAUUUCUGUCAACAAACGAUUAUUCGCGUGUGCUUGAAGGAUUGGGAGCUUGCUCCGCAGGCUGACCAAGUUGUGGUCUCGAUUCUCAUUUUCUCGAUUUCAUGCAAACUGAAUGUGAUGUUGUGUGUUUGCUUGUUUUUUUGUUUUGCACAUAUUGCUCCCCUUUCAUCAUCAUCAAUUUUGUGUGUGUGUGUGUGAAUAUAUUUAAUUUAAGCUUCCGUGUAUCGACUGGGUUACUGAUUAUAUAUUAUGUGAUAGUUUUUAUAAUUGUUUUAAUAUGCUCUGCUGAAUGUGGCGACAGUCUAAUGAAGAAAUGAUGUGUGGUAGUUUCAUAUUGCGCUGCGAAAAUAAUGUAAUAAAUAGAAAUGUGAGUAAACUCUUGUCAUGGCUGUAUGAUGUGCUGGUAAUGCGUCCAGAGUGUGAAAAAACAAAACACAUUAAUGAAGAAAUUUCCAAGUUGGAACACCAACAUAAUGCGAAACAGCCAACAACUCGGUUUCAGAGAAUCUGCAGAUAAAUGACAAUAUUGUAAAACUAUCUGAUCAGCUAACACACUGAUGAAAUUCUGCUUGUUGUUUUAUCAAGAAAACAUCUCUUACACAAAUCUUUUGUUGAGUGGAUAUUGUCGUCGGGCCUUAUGUUUAA